AUGAUCACUGCUGCUUAUUUAUCAAAAUAUUUCAAACGAAUAACAAUCAUAGAAUCAGAUGAUGUAUUAAGUGAUACUUUCAACAAAUCCACACCAAAUGAAAUAUUAGAUUAUCGUUGUCGUCUUGAAAGUCCAACAUCAAUAGGACGUUCAGGUGUUAGUCAAAUCUAUCAAAUACAUUUACUUCCAGGCGAAGGAUUUAAAAUAUUUAACGAGUUGUUUCCUCAUUUGACAGAUAAAUUAAAAAAUGAAUAUAAUGUUCGUACAUAUGCAAUAAAGAGUGAAGUAAUGAUGAUUAUUAAUGGUAAUGUAUUAAAUCAAAACUUACCUGAAGAUAUGGAAUGGUUAGGUAUUGAUCGUUUUACAUUAGAAAUAGCUUUGAGAAAAGAAUUGUGUUUACAAUAUAGUAAUCAAAUUGAAUGGAUAUGCAAUGCAAGAGCAAUUCAAUUAAUUGUUGAUCGAUCAGCUAAUAUUGUUCAAGGUGUAAAAUAUCGAUUAAAACAACAUGUUAAUUCACAAUUAUUAGAUAUCUAUGGUGAUUUUAUUGUUGAUUGUUCUGGUCGUAAUACAUCAUCAAUCAAAUGGUUAAAAGAAAGUUUCAAUUUAAUUGUACCGACAGAACAAAUACAUUUUGGUUCUGGUUAUGUUUCAUUUAUAGGUGAAAGAUUUAAAACAGAACAUCCAUCAUUAGAUUCAAUAUCUAUAUUUUUAUGUAACGCUAAUUCACCAGAUAAUAAUACAGGAUGUUUUAUAGCUCCAAUACGUGUAAUAAAAACAAAUGAUGAAAAUUCUCUAGGAAACUUAUCAACGAUUACAGUUCAUUGUGUCAAUUCAGAAUUUCCACCAAAUGAUUCUUAUGAAAAUCUAUUAGAAUGGGCAAAAGAUCAUCUAAAUAGUGGAUUUAAUUCAAUAUUAAAAUCAACAAAAGUAUGUAGUCCAUUAGUUCCAUAUCGCCGAGCAAUCGAUGAUCGAAAAUAUGUCGAAUUAUUAGGCAAAAAAUGGCCUCACAAUUAUAUAUUAUUAGGUGAUGCAAUGUGUACAUUUAAUCCACAAUAUGGACAAGGUAUGACACAUGCAUUACGACAUGCAAGAGAAUUGGGGAGAAUAUUUAACGAACAUUGCCAUAAAUUAGAAGAUAUUUCUUAUAUUUUUAAUCGACGAGCUUCAGUCAUUACUGAAGAAUGUUGGCUUGCUUCAACAACAAAUGAUUGGAAAACACCAACAUUAAAAAUCAUAAAAACUGAUAAAAAUGGUGAAAUUCGAACUUAUCAACGAGGUAAUGAUUCUGAUACAACUCAUCAUCCUGAACCACAAGUGCCUUUGAUGAUCAAAUUUUUGCAAUGGUACAAUCAUUGGUUUCUUCUCUGUGCAGCUAAAUCAGGACAAUUAUCUACAGAUUUUGUACGUGUUAUCAAUCAACAUUGUAAUCCAUUCAUCUUGAUGAAACCAACUACGUUGAUACAAGUCUGCUAUAUGGCAUUGAGUCAUUACUUUCAUGUAUCGAAAAACUGA